AUGUUUAACGCAACAGUUCAAAGUAUUAGGGCGGCGACUCCCAAAAUAGCUCUAAAAUGCAACUCAAAAGAUUGUCUUGAUGUCCUCAGUGUUCAUGGAUAUCGCUGCCUGUCAACGAGCUCUUGCUUACAUGGGAAGGUUGUACCGAGGAAAAAGCCGCGGGUUUUCCAUGAAAUUGCCGGACUGGAGCCGAUCACGUACGCCGACAGGAUGCACUUCGUUCCUGGACUGGCAAAGCCCAAGUUUCCUGAAUGGGAUCGCGGAUGGAAAGAUCCUCAACACUAUCAGUCACCUAAACUGGAAGACAUGCCGCUACACAAAGACAAAACUUGUUACAUAUUCAACCAGAGGACUAAUGUGUUAGAAGGGGUUCGACAGGCUCUUUGGCUCAGCAAGUCUGUCCUCAUCAAAGGGUUACCUGCUCAGAUUGUGACCCUGAGUGAAGAUCCAGCCAAUCAGAUUGAGAACCAGGAUGACCGAGUCCAGAACGCCAUUAAAAACUCUAGACUGUGGGACACCAAUGAAGAUCGACCAGCCAGAGAGAGAUUCUGCCCUUCGUUGAUCCACAACCUGCUUCACCUGUGUGGCAGCCUGCAUGUGACUCACCCUAAACUAGCCAAGAGAAUUCUUGCUGAUAAAUACAGUUUGGCGGCCACCUGGAGAAGAGGAGAGGACGUGUUCCAGGUUAGGGGUCAGAAUGGACUGUUAUUGAACAGUAUGACCCCUGUGCCAGUGGUCGCCGGAGAUGAGCAGAUCCAGAGCACAGCAGAGCAAGCUUUAGAGACCUUCUACCCUAUUUCUCCAACCAUUGACCUUCAGUGCACACGUGUCUACCAGGAGAAAAAUGACACAGGUUUCAGACCGGACUACCCAUUUCCUCAUGCCCACACUCUCUUCCUAAUGGAGAUGGGCAACGCCCCAAAACUUCUCCCUGAACAGCUCCGCGCCAAAAUGAUAAUGUUUGCAUUUGGGAACGCGCUGACCCGAGCUCAUGCCCUGUAUGGGAAGGAGCCCAGGGUGUUGGAGAAGCCCAUUGUGGUACAGAGUGUGGCCACUAACGGUCGCCUCUUCCAGUUUGUGGUGUUUCAGCUCAACACGACCGAUCUGCAGUCUGACAACGGAAUAAAGAAUCUGGCAUGGGUUGACGAGGACCAGCCCCUGUAUGAGUUUGCUAAAGUUCGGCCUGUUAUCAAGAAGAAAGUUGUGCAGGUCCCUGCUGGUUUGUCAGGAUAUGAGCCUAACACCUUUAAGAAGUUCUUGGCGCUGCACCUGCAUGGAGCAGCGUAAACAGCUCUGAGAUAAAACACCUUUGCUAGAAUAUCAUCACACUUAUUUUCAAAGUCAACCUUCAUAACAUAAAUCAGAACUAUGAAUAAAAGUCAUUGUGUCCAAAGA